AUGUCGUAUUCCGAUUACGUGGAAACUGCAUGGACGCCAGACAUCAUCGGACCGAUAUACAAGAAAGAGAGUACCAAUUUGCGGGAGGUAUUAAACGCUCACCGAGACGACAAUUGCACUCGAAUAAUGGCAACAUUCGUUCCUGAUGAGUUAAUAUACGAGAGCGACUUGUCCAAGAAGAAUUUCCGUAAAUUUACCGCGGUCAUGGCGAUGAUCAGCCUGACGCAAUUUGUCAGCCUCUACAGAAAAUACAUCAGUGGUGAAAAUGGCGGUAGCUAUGCUCUGUUCUCUCUUUUGAACCGUUACAUAGAGAUUAUAAUCGAAGAAGUGUACCUCACUCACGGAGAUGUGUUGAAAUUCUCUCGUACGUCUAUCGAUUUCCAUUGGUAUUAAGAAAACAAAUCUUUUCAAAAAUCGUCGUUGCACGUAGAUGAUGCUCUACUAGUCAUGUGGAAGGUAAACAGAGAUGAAUUCGUUUCAAAAAUGGUGCAUCACGCGAUUUUAUCCGCGCAACGAAUCCAGAAUGCCGUUGCUCACGCGAAGAAUGAAGAUUUUGUCUCGAAAGGUAACAUAAUCCUGUUUAGGUGCGUAUAGUUAAGUAAGACGUGAGUCGUAGUAAUGUAUCGAUCUUGACGUUGAUAGUGAAUAUCGUAAUCUCCAUGGGAAGCUUGACGUUUUCGAUAAUCGGCGACGACAGAGCCAGACACUUUGUAAUUGCUGGCAAUCCAGUCGAGGAUCUGAAGCACGCGAAAAGAAUCAGUUUACCAGGCGAUCUUGUAUUGUCCUCCAGUGCUUGG